AUGGCACCGUGGCUGCCCACCAAGGAGGAGAAGUAUGGCGUGGCCGUCUGGAACUUCCCGCGCACCAGCGAGCAUCACCUCCCGCUGCAAGGGGAGACGGUGCAUAUCCUGCAGGCCUCCGAGGGCUGGUACCACGGGUACUCGCUCAGGAACAGAGCUGCCCGGGGCAUCUUCCCGGCCUCGCUCAUCCACCUGAAGGGUGCUGUGGUGGAGCGCAGAGGGGCGGAGGAGAGCGUGGUGCCCGCCGAGAUGCCCAUGGUGCAGGAGAUCACCACCACGCUGCGGGAGUGGGCCACCAUCUGGAAGCAGCUCUACGUGGCCGGGCAGACGGAGCAGUACCGGCGGGUGAAGCGGAUGAUGUACGAGCUGAUGGAGCGGCGCUCGCAGCUGCUGUCGGGGACGCUGCCCAAGGACGAGCUGCUGCAGCUCAAGAAGGAGGUGACCGGCAAGAUCGACUAUGGCAACAAGAUCCUCGCACUGGACCUGGUGGUGCGGGACGAGGACGAAAACAUCCUGGACCCCGACAGGACCAGCAUCAUCAGCCUCUUCCAGGCGCACCGGAAAGCUGCGCAGACCGUCAUGCAGCGCAUCCAGGAGGAGACGAGCCCACAGCAGAGCGCGCUGGGCUGCAGCGCCCGCCUGGCAGCUUCGCCCUCCCACAGCCUCUACCUCUGCGUGCGCAACUUUGUCUGCCACAUCGGCGAGGAGGCGCAGCUCUUCAUGGCGCUGUACGACCCCGGCGAGCAGCGCAUGAUCAGCGAGAACUACGUGAUCCGCUGGGCCAGCACGGGCGUCCCCCAGGACAUCGAGCUGCUCAACAACCUCAAGGCCGUCUUCACGGACCUGGGCAGCAAAGACCUGAAGCGGGAGAGGCUUUUCCUGGUGUGCCAGAUCAUCCGGGUGGGACGCAUGGACCUCCGGGACACCUACAGCCGCAAGCUCAGCACGGGUCUCCGGCGGCCCUUUGGCAUCUCAGUGAUGGACAUCACGGACAUCACCAAGGGGAAGUGCGAGAGCGACGAGGACAAGCAGCACUUCAUCCCUGUGCACCUGGUGGCUGCUGACAACGAUUUCCUUCACAACAUGAUCAGGAAAGCAGUGGAGGGGAAGGACAUCAACCACAAGGGACAAGGGUUCUGGGUGUCCCUGAAGAUGCUCUGGGGAGACCUGAGCCAAGUGCGGAAGGACCAUCCCCACCUCGUGGACCGCAGCACCGUGGUGGCACGCAAGCUGGGCUAUCCGGAGGUCAUCAUGCCAGGAGACGUCAGGAACGACAUCUACCUGACGCUGGUGCAGGGCGAGUUUGACAAGGGCAACAAGAAGACGCAGAAGAACGUGGAGGUGACGGUGUGCGUCUGCGACGAGUCGGGCAGCGUGGUGCAGAACGUGAUCUACCAUGGCGCGGGGGACAAGCCGGCCAGCGAGUACCGCUCUGUGGUCUACUACCAGCAGCGGCACCAGCGGUGGAUGGAGACGGUGAAGAUUGCUGUUCCCAUUGAAGACGUCCACAAGAGCCACCUGAGAUUCACCUUCCGGCACCGCUCCUCCAGCGACUCCAAAGACAAAAGUGAGCGGGUUUUCUCCAUGGCCUUCGUGAAGCUGAUGCGACCAGACGGCACCACGCUGCGUGACGGCGAGCACGACCUGGUUCUGUACAAGAGGAAUGUGAAUUAUAUGCUUUUAGAUCCUCAGACCUCUUGA